GAGACUGUGGCUGUUGCUUGGUCGUGGCUCCUGGCGAAGAGGGGAGGGGAGAGGGGGAGCGAGAAGGCGGGUGGAGUUGUCUUGUCGCGGAAAAGAAAGUGUGGAAUUAAUGCCGUGUCCCGGCGUUAACCCGCGGCCACCCCCUCCUGAAGAGACACUCAUUCCGAGCCGCUGUCACACAGCCUGCUGCAAAGUGUUCUCCACUACUGACACUCCGGGAGACGAUGGGGCGAAAAAAAGUCUCCAGGACGGAAGCCACUUUCGCCCUGAGGCAUUUCUUGGCGCGGAGAUCUUUAGAAGCUAAAGAAGAGCUUUAAAAAAAAGCCAGCAAUGCAAUCGGUGGGGAUGGAGACGUAAGCGGCUAACUAUAGCAUCAGUGAGACAUAGCGGGUGACCUGCGCCGAGCGGGGCUGUCGUGUGCGUAUUUAUAGACCCGGGCCAAUGUUCCCAUACCCAUACGGAGGGACGCGUUCAUUUUGAACUAUUUAUGAAUAUAUUGAUGCAUCUUUGUGCCCGCUUCCCUGUUGCCGCCAUAAACUGACUUUAACGGGGAAACGACUUGGCGGGCGAGAUGGCUGGUUUCUUGCUUUCUUUCCUCCUCCAAAUCCAGAUAGGAUUCGUCUUGGGAUCCAGCCACGGGCUGGGCGGACGCUCGGCGCAACAGAGCGGGAAAGUGGGGAAAUACGAGAAGCAAUCCAUUUACAACAGGCACAUCAAUACCCACGAGUCUUCGAAGCCAUCAAAUGCGAUGAAGUCUUUCGAAAGCGGCGGCAGCGACAGUGCACAUCAACAGCAUGAUAGUCUGCCCACUCCCGUCUGGGCUUUCCUUCAUACCGGGGAUCCUGCCAAGCUUGGCUAUGCUAACUGUACCAAGAGGUACCAAUUGUCAAAUUUGAAAGCUGUCUCUGACGCCCUGAACAUUCACCCGUCACUCCACAGUGCCAUGGACACAGUGGUCCACGCCACCAAUUUCUUAAACAUGAUCUUGCAAACCAACGGGGUGCGGGAGAUGACUAUCAAGGAAGACAUUGAGUGGUACCAUGCCCUGGUCAGAAGCAUUCUAGAGGGCGACCCCAAAGUCCAUCGAGCGGUGGUGACUUUCGACGUCCAGCCGUUCACUUCUCCUCCCCAAGUGUUUCUGCAGGCCACCAGGAUAGACAAUCAGAUCUUGCUUCAAGAUCUCUCUCGCAGCGCUCGACACCUGGCGAACCUCAGCGCCGAGACCGAGUGGUUCAACCGGCUGAAACACCAGCGUUCGCCCGCUUCUUAUCUUCACAGGAGGCUGCUGAGGGACGAUCUGAGGUCCUCGCAUCCCUCCAUGCGCAAGAAGGGCACGAGGUACCUGAUUGAUAAGACUCACAUCAAGUGGUCGGCGCCCUACCUGGAGUGUGAACAUGGCAAGUACAACCCGCUGUGGCUGCUCACUCUCUCCACCUCCUUUUACGGACUUAAACCGGAUUUUCAGCCCGAGUUUAGGGGUGUGGUUAGAGUUGACAUAAAUCUUCAGAAUGUGGACAUUGACCAGUGUUCAACUGAAGGAUGGUUUGGAGGAACACACAAAUGCAGGCUAAACAGCACUAAGUGUAUUUCACCUAAAGGCCGAGGUUUCAUGCUGGGAGCUUAUGACUGUCCUUGUCGAUCUGGAUUCUAUCGUCCCAGUGGUGUCUCACAGAAAAGCUUUGAUGGCAAGUUUAAAGAGCACACCGUUGUCCAGAGCCAGCAUGGAAGUGUGUAUGAGUGCCUUCCUUGUAGGAAUGGAUGCAGCUCAUGUCAGGAUGACAGUCCCUGCCAUGCAGAGGAGGACAAGCACCUCCGCAUUGCCAUCAUUGCAUUCCAAGCUUUCUGCAUGUUACUGGAUUUCAUUGCUAUGCUGGUGGUCUACCACUUCCGCAGGUGUAAGAGUAUCAGAGCAUCAGGACUGGUGUUGUUGGAGACAAUUCUUUCUGGAGCUUUACUUCUGUAUUUUCCAGUCGUUAUACUCUACUUUGAGCCAAGCAUAUUCAGAUGUAUUCUUCUCCGAUGGGUUCGUCUUCUAGGCUUUGCCAUUGUUUAUGGAACUGUAACUCUCAAGUUGUACAGAGUGCUAAAGGUUUUCCUCUCCCGAACGGCGCAACGAAUCCCUUAUAUGACCAGCUGGAGAGUGGUGAGGAUGUUGGGAAUCAUUUUGCUGAUAGUUUGCUGGUUUCUAGUCUCAUGGACGUCUGCGGUGUGUGAGAAUUUGGAUAGGAAUGUCUCACUGAUCGUCCAGGGACAGACUGCAGAUGGUCUGAAGUUCAAUAUGUGUCUGCUGGAUCGUUGGGACUACAUGAUGGCCAUUGCUGAAUUUCUCUUCCUCCUCUGGGGGGUAUAUCUCUGCUAUGCAGUACGGACAGUGCCAUCAGCUUUUCAUGAACCACGUUACAUGGCUGUAGCUGUCCAUAAUGAACUCAUUAUAUCUGCUGUAUUCUAUACCAUCAGGUUUACACUGGCAUCAAGCCUUCACAGUGAUUGGAUGCUCAUGCUCUUCUUUGUUCACACUCACCUGACUGUGACUGUCACUCUGGGCUUGCUUCUGAUCCCUAAGUUUCUUCAAGCGGGCAUCAACCCCAGGGAUGACAUUGCAACAGAAGCUUAUGAAGAUGAGCUGGACAUGGGCAGAUCAGGGUCCUACUUGAACAGUAGCAUUACCUCGGCCUGGAGUGAGCACAGCCUGGAUCCUGAUGAUAUCAGGGAUGAGCUGAAGAAACUGUAUGCACAGCUGGAGAUUUACAAAAGGAAAAAGAUGACAGCCAACAACCCUCAUCUGCAAAAAAAGAGAAGCUCCAAGAAAGGUUUGGGGCGAUCAAUCAUGAGGCGCAUCACUGAGAUCCCAGAGACAGUGAGCAGGCAGUGCAGCAGGGAGGACAAGGAGCACACAGACCCUGCUUUAGCCAGGAACAGCAUCAGCAUUGGUAGGAGGAACCCAUUUGAUCCCAUGGGAUCCAGUCUGAAAGCAAAAGAAGACUCUAUGAAAAGUAAAGCACUGUUACUGCAGAAGUCCCUCAGUAGCUAUGACCACAGGAGAGAUCAAAGUGAAGAUUCCAGCAUCUCUGGCACAGAGAAGAUGGAAGUUUCCAGCACGGAGGCUGGACUGCUAGAUUCACUGAUGGGAAAGAAGUUGGUCAAAAAAACCAACGAGAAGAUAGAUGAUGCUUCUACUGAAUCAGUCCCUCUGGUGUGCAAGUCUGCCAGUGCACAUAACUUAAGUGCUGACAAGAAACCCUUGCAUCCAAGAACAGCCAUGUUGCAGAAAUCUCUCAGUGUCAUUGCUAGUGCAAAGGAAAAAACCUUGGGAAUGACAGGCAAGGCACAAAGCAUGGAGGAGCACACAAAACAAUUGAAAGGCCAGCAGAGAGGUAAAGACACCAACAAAAGUAAUUCCUCAAUGGAUAACAAUGAAGUCGGAACAUCCCAUCCAAAAAACUCGUUGAGCCGCUCUCUAAUAUCUGAGGAAGCAAAAAGGGCUCCAAAAGCUGGAAUAAUGAAGCAACAUACUGGUGGUCAAUCUACAGUUAGUCCAGAUGCAGCAAACCCUCUCCUGAGUGAUGCAUUUGACAGAGCUGAAGUCUGUCCUUGGGAGCUCCAAGACCAGCCUGCUACUCCUUCAGAAUCCAGAGUUCAAAAGCAUGUAUCUAUUGCACCAGUGGAAUCCCAAAAUAUUCAUAGUUCCCAUUCAAGUGUGAAGACUCAGAAUGCCAAUAAACACAAGACGGUGGAUAUAAUUGUCAAAUCAAAUCAGAUGCCACAAGGUAACAAUGAGAGAGCUGAAGUGUGUCCCUGGGACUUUGAGGAGCCACAAUCAACCCUGGAAGAGGGUAGGAAAUCUGUAACUCACCAGCCUGAAAUUAUUUCCCUUGAAAAAGAUAGCCACACAAAUAAUGUAGGCAAGGUUAUUGAGAUUUGCCCCUGGGACUUCAAUGAAAUGCCAAGCAAUGCAUCAGAGCAAAGUCAGAUUGUGAAAGGGGAGGGCAAGAAAGGAGAACCCUUGGGAGAUGAACAGGACAAAGGACCCAUGCCAGAGUCCUUAACAUCAAGUGGUAGCCAGCAGCAAAUUUCUAUUAAUAGAGCAAAUGUUUGUCCUUGGGAAUUUGAACCAUCAGAGUCACCAGAAUCAGAGAAAAGUCCAGCUUCCACUGCCUCAGCUUUAUUAUUGAGCAGCAUUCCCCAGAAAAAGUCAACAGUGAAAGGGUUUGGACUAUCUGUCAAAACCUUGGUUUCCACAGGAAAAGGCAAGGAAACAGAGAAAGCAAAAGAAAGAAAAGAAGAUAAGGUGAAGAUGAAGACUAAAUACAAGGAAAAGGACACAAAAGAUAAAGUGCCAGAAAUAACAGUGGACAGAUCACCUGUGGCUGAAAGAUGUCCCAGGGAAGUCAAAAUAACCCCUGGUUCUGCAACUGGAAAGAGCAAAAACACAGCUGACAAUGAGGCAGGAAAGGAGAAAAGCAAACGUGCCGAAGUAUGUCCCUGGGAUGUCGAGGAAAGCAGUCCCACUCAACAUGCAGCUGGAGGAAGCGCAGUUGCUAUUAAGGACAAUAAAAAUUCACGUGGCAAAGAUGUAGACACGUCAAAAAUGGCCUCAAUCUGUCCAUGGGAUUUUGAUGAUCAGAAAAAUGUGUGACAAUAAACCUUGUCAAUUAGCUCCUGAACAGUGACAGUUUUCAUAUCACUUAACUAAGAAUUCCAUAUCAUUGAAUUUUAUUAUAAGGACACAUAGAAACAGUGAAAGCAGGAUUGAAGUUAAGGUUCCAAUUGGUACAAUGGUCUUCAUUUCCUCAAUUUUCUUUCAUCAGCAUCCAACCUAACAAGAACAUAUUUUGUAGGUGUACAUGCAUUCUGGAAUGCUGUAGUAUUUAGAGAAUACUUAUGUGGCAAAACCACUCUGAUUUAUGCAAUGGUCAUGUACUGUUACACCAAGCUGAAGCACCUAUGCUAACUAAUGGGAACCACUUUCUUUCUGUUUGUUAAUUAACAACAUAAUAGUGAGUUUAGACUUGUCCCACAAGCCAUAACCUCUUCUGAAAAUACUAUAAUCUUCAGUGUGAUUUAUAUUAAAGGCCUUUUGUUUUAAUCGGUGUUCACAAAUUCUUAUGUACUCCCUGAGAAUUAUAGUUUGGUAUUAAUAGCUCUUUAAGAUUUUUUAAUAUGAAUCAGUAGGUUCCUGUGGUUUAAUUUUCCCAGAGAUUAUUCUUAGUGAAAUAGCCACUGUUAAUAGUGGAACCCAGGGUCCUACCCAGAUUAGUCAAAUAGAACCAAUUUCAGUUUACUUUGUACUAGCUGAUUCCUUCCUAGUCCCUAAUCUCUGAAGAUGAAGGUUAGCUGUGUUACAUGACAAUCUUGGGUUUGCACUUUUAUAAAAUCAACUUACUUGUGCAAAUUUGUUUAAAGGUGAAAUGGCUUUAAACAAGAACUCAUUAUCCAUGGAAUCAUAAACUUCAACAAUCUUUAGCUCUGCAGUAUUUAGCACCUAAAAAGAUCAAAUCUGUAACCUCAUAUAUUUGCAUCUGUGUUUCUGCAUGCAAUAUGACUGGUAGGACUGACAUCUUGCUAAACCUCUGACCUUUAGCAUUUGGACUGUACUAAGUUGUAUAGUGAGUGAGGCUGUAUCCUGUACACUGUAUUCUGUGUUUGUUAUAUCUACUGAGAAGCUCUGGACUCCACCAGGGAAUAUUUGAUAGAUUUCUUUUAUGGUUUGUGGCAGCAUGUAAAUAAGGUACCUUAUCUGCAAUAAAAUUACAUUUAUAUUAUA